UGAGCGGCCCGCUGUCGUCUGCUGCAUGUUUUGUUCAUUCACUGCCGGCCUCCCACCACAGCCGGACACAGCCUAAGACGCGCCGACUUGCCAAUCCGUCUCUCUAGCGACACCAUGCCGGGCAACAAGGAGAGCGCAGACUUCCAGGAGGCGCUGCAGCGCGACGCGGCCGUCCGGCUCGAGGGCGACCUGGAGACGCUGCUGGCCCAGCUCAGCCCCCAGGAGCGCGCCGGCCGCGCGCAGGAGCUCAAUGGCUUCUCCAGGCUGUUCGGUCGCUUCCUCAAGGAGAAGGGCCCCUCCGUGGACUGGGACCGCAUCGAGAAGCUGCCCGCCGGCGCUGUUCGGCAGUACGACUCGCUCAACACGCCCAGCGAGGCCCGCAUCAAGGAGAUGCUGGGCAAGCUGGUGGUGGUGAAGCUGAACGGAGGCCUGGGCACCAGCAUGGGCUGCCGCGGGCCAAAGUCCGUCAUCAGCGUGAGGAACGAUCUCACCUUCCUCGACCUCACCGUGCAGCAGAUCGAGCACCUGAACAAGAAGUACGGCGUCAACGUGCCCCUGGUCCUCAUGAACUCCUUCAACACCGAUGACGACACCCAGAAGAUCGUCCGCAAGUACAAGAAUCUCCAGGUGGAGAUCCACACCUUCAACCAGUCCUGCUACCCCAGGAUCCAGCGGGACACCUACCACCCCGUGGCCAAGACCCCCGACGUGAAGGGCGACGUGGACGCCUGGUACCCCCCCGGCCACGGAGACUUCUACGAGAGCUUCAAGAACUCGGGCCUGCUCACCAAGUUCGUGAAGCAGGGACGCCAGUACUGCUUCCUGUCCAACAUCGACAACCUGGGCGCCACCGUGGACACCAACAUCCUGGACCUCGUCCUCGCGCCGGGCCAGGACGCGCCGGAGUUCGUCAUGGAGGUUACGGACAAGACGAAGGCCGACGUCAAGGGAGGCACCCUGAUCCAGUACGAGAACAAGCUGAGGCUGCUGGAAAUCGCCCAGGUGCCCAAGGAGCACGUGGACGACUUCACGUCCAUCAAGACCUUCAAGUUCUUCAACACCAACAACUUGUGGAUCAAGCUGGAAGCGAUCGAGAACAUCCUGGCCCAAGGCACGCUGAACAUGGAGAUCAUCGUGAACCCCAAGCACCUAGACUCCGGCCACGACGUGGUGCAGCUCGAGACCGCCGUCGGCGCCGCCAUGAAGUGCUUCGACAGGGGAAUCGGCAUCAACGUGCCCCGGUCACGGUUCCUGCCCGUCAAGAAGACCUCCGACCUGCUGCUCGUCAUGAGCAACCUGUACACCCUGCAGGGCGGCUCCCUCGUCAUGUCCCCCCUCAGGAUGUUCCCCACCACCCCCCACGUCAAGAUUGGCGACAAGCACUUCACCAAGGUCAAGGAGUUCCUGUCGCGAUUCGCCACCAUUCCCGACAUGCUGGAGCUGGACCACCUGACCGUGUCCGGUGACGUCACCUUCGGCAAGGGAGUCUCACUCAGGGGCACCGUCAUCAUCAUCGCCAACCACGGCGAGAGGAUCGACAUCCCGUCCGGCGCCAUCCUGGAGAACAAAAUAGUGUCAGGCAACCUGCGCAUCCUCAACCACUAGAACACCUCCGCUUGGCUUGGCUGCUAGCUCGUCCAGGGCGGGUCCAGAGACGGUUCCAGGGGGUUGUCACAGUGGCGAAGUGCGACUCGUUCGGCUUCGCCUCCCCCUGGAUCCGCGUCUGCAGCUCGUCGCGCCGAGUCCGCGAGUCCGCGGGCGGAUUCCGCACUCGGCGCCGCGACGCCGCUCACGUCGCUGCAGGCAAGCCGCACCCCACCCUCCCCGUCGCCCCCUCCCUCAUCCUCACCCUCACCCUGACCCUCUCCCCGACCAGGCUGUCGCGCGCCCCCGAGGCCGGCGUCGUGCUGCAGUUCGGCGCGCUGCUGCAGGCGCUGCUGAGCUGCCGCGUGGUGGCCGACCCCGCGCCCUGGUCCUCUCCUACGACGACAAAUGCCAAAGAAUCAUCCCGCUCGUGUUGGCGCUGGCCGCGACGCCGCGCAGCAAGAUGAUGCACGUGCAGAAGAGGCUGCAGAAGCCGUGGGUGUGGGAGACGGUCGUGCGAAGUGUGCGAGCGCUGGCAGAAGGCCAGUGCUCCUGCAAAUCCUUGUGUUAACUAAUGUCUAGAGUAGUUUCUAAUUGUAACCUGACGCCAUAUCAUUUUAGAAAACGGUCACGCAAGCUGGGGCGCUGAUGUAUUUUUUUAAAUUCAAAUGUUAUAUAGCGGGUACUAUUGUGCUCGCUUUUUGCCUUGUUUUUGUUGCUCGUGG